AUGACAGGACAAGGUUCAGAUAAACCUGAUAAAGGAAAAGGGGUAGCCAGGCCUAAAAAAAGGCAACGGAAGGCCCCAAAGUAUGUACUUAGGGUGCCUAGUACACUACCUACCCCUACAGUACAACCUCCCUCUACUCCUGCAGUACACCCUCCUUCUCCUACCCCUGCAGUACAUCCUCCUCCUCCUACCCCUGUUGUACACCCUCCUGCUCCUACCCAUGCAGAAGAGCCUCUGCCUCCCCCUAAGAAGGUGCAGUGGAAAGCUGAGCAUGAAAGUCAAAUUCAUAGAAAUUUUCACAUGAAAGCAUCUCAUCGGCUCUCAGAGAUGUUUAGGGAUGCCAGGAUUGCAGGGGAGCGCCCUGACUGGAUGGGCGAAAUUAUUUGGAACUCUUUGCUUGCACAUUGGAACACAGUAGAGUUUCGUAAGAAGUCUGCUACAGCCCAGAAGAACAGAUCGUCUGAAAGGGGUGGUGCCUUGCAUACUGGUGGGUCGAUCACGAUUCACGAGCAUGCCAUUCGUAUGGCACAAGCUCUUGGACGAGCGGUCCAUGUUGACGAGGUCUUUGCACAGACCCAUGUUCGGAAGGGCACUAAUGAAUUCGUUGAUGAAAGGUCUCGCAAGACUCAUGAAGAUUUUUCUACGAGACUUUCACAGGUUAGAUCCGAACAUGGGUCAGCUCCUACACCGGAUGAUACGAGUAAUACAGAUGACGACAUCCCAUCGAAAGGAGGUACACUGAAGCAUCAACCUUCUUCUUCCACCUCUUCUGCUGACGAGGCCAUCCAGCGCUUGACACAGCUACUGGACCAACGUGACCACGAAAACCGUGCAUUGAGAGAAGAAUACAGUGACUUGAGAGAUGAGUUCUCAAGCUUCAAGGCCCUGGUCAUGAGAGCGCUGCCUCAAACUUCAGACACUCCUUCCAUUGUCCCUCCGACCCAGCCACGACCCUCCCCGUCACCCGCCGUCCCUCAUCAGCCCACACCAGUCCAGCCCACACCAGUCCAGCCAUCUACAGAUGACCAGGAGGAUGAACAUCUUUCUGAAGACUGUGUAGAUUUUUAG